CCCGCCUAAUCGGUCGUGUACCUAUUUUUGUGUCAAUUUUUCGGUAGUGAUGUAAAAAGUGAAGGAAAUAUUUUAAUUUUUCGUGUGUGUAUGAAAGAGUUUGUACAAUAAAUGUAUGUCAACAACAUAGUGAAGUGGUUUCUGUGUUGUUUUAGUGGAUGUAUUGUGUGAAUCGGGUCCACAAUGGGGUUUCCGUCGCUGCUUUGCGUGGUCAUUGGAAUCGCAGUCCCAGCAAUCGCAGAAAUCGAAAUGGAGUUCACCAAGUACCCCGAGUCAGUGACCGCGCCAGUAGGCGACGAGGUGACCUUCGAAUGCACAGUCCGGGUGCCUGGAGAGAGGCUGACCUGGCGGUGGCGACCCGCUGAUGACCUGGAGUGGAAUGACUGGAACAACGUGGACGGUGUCAAUGACAAGGACGGUGUGUCUACGAGAUUGGUGGUGCAAGUGAGAGAGAAGACUUCCUCUGCGUUGUAUCAGUGCAUGGUGUGGUAUGGAGCGAUAAGCCUAGUAUCGAUUCCUGCACGCCUCACGAUCGCCAAGGUGGACAUCAGCAGGAACAGCCCCGAGAGACGCGUCAUAACAGCUCCUCUGCAUAACACCGUGGUAUUGCAUUGUAAGGAACCGAUGUCGGAGCCGCCCGCUAGACUUAGCUGGUGGAAGGAGACUUCAAAGGGUUCAAGAAAACAGCUCGACACGCCCCACGGAGUCCUCAUCAUAAACAACGCCACUGUGGAAGACAGCGGUUCAUACGGGUGCGUGGCGACCAACGACAUCAGCGAGCAGACCGUAGACUUGCCCGAGAGGACGUAUCUGAAGAUACAACACGAAGGACAUGGAGGAUUCAGAUUCCUAGAAACAGAAGACUAUGUGGGCAGAAUAGACAAAGAAGGAGUAUUAAGCAUGCCCGUACUGCCAGAUAAUUCUUUAAGACUGUGGUGUGGAAUCGUCGGUACUCCUCAACCAAGAGUCGCCUGGAGCAAAGGCACUGAUACCAACUUACCUGGACAAACCAAUAGCCUGGUUGUGGAGAACUUUACUGGGGAACAUGAGGGCGUCUACUCCUGCUCAGCAAACGGCCUCCGUCGCUCGUGGAAGGUUAUAGCCCUCCAACCUCCUCAUUGGGAAGGGUCAGCGGGCAGCGUCAACGCUAGUGAAGGGGCCAGUGCCCAGAUCUCCUGCGGGGUUCCUCAUGGCCAGCCUGCACCUGUGGUACACUGGAUUCUGAACGCUGAACUGAUCAAGACUGGCAAAGGGGUGAAAGCUACAGAUUCAGAUCUGCACAUCGAGCACGUGGAAAAGCGUCACGCGGGUAUCGUGCAGUGUUUCGCGUGCAACGCGCUCGGCUGCGCGUACGACGCGGCGCUGCUCACCGUCGUUCCUGUGCAGAUAUCAGAUCAGGAUUACUCCGCAGAAACGCCGAAGCUUCAUAUUCCGUCGCAGCUUCCCAAACGACAUAACAAGAAAAAUCCUAGGAAACAUAAAGCGGUAUUAAUACCUCCAUCUCGACCAAAUGUGACAAGAUUGUCCGACGAGAGUGUGAUGGUGUCAUGGUCCCAUGACAACCACGGACUUCCAAUACAGUUUUUCAAAGUGCAGUACAGAGAAGUAACGAAUUCUUCCAACAUCCAAUGGCACACGGAAAACUACGACAUCCCCACGCACAUACAUUCCUUUGAGAUAGAUGGCCUCGUACCAGACAAAUAUUACAAAUUCCGGAUCGCGGCGGUGUACUCGAACCAGGACAACAAGCUGGGACGCAGCAGCGGCAAAUUCUACUUGCAGCGUGGAGGCUCGCAAUCGCCGCGCGCGCCCGUGCUCGACAAGGCCACCUCGCUCUCGCCUCACAGCAUACAGCUUAACUGGACGUGGUCAAGCCACGGUGGGGUGGAAGCGGAAGGAUUUUACGUCUACUACCGGGCGGUGUCAUCGGCGGGCGCCUACGAGAAGGUGACGGCGGGCGGCCACCAGCGCAGCAUGGUGCUGUCUCACCUGGCCGCGGACACGGCGUACGAGCUCAAGAUACAGGCCUACACCGCGCAGGCCCCAUCCGACUUCAGUGCUAUACUGAUGGCGAAAACUCAACGUUCAUUGAACGCACCAAGUACAAGCACGGAAGCACCAGCUAAGGAGGAAGAGAGUGCUCCCGGUACCUUGGUGACGGCGGGCGGUGCGGCGGGAGCGGCCGCGCUGCUGCUCAUACUGGCCGUCACCUUCCUGCUGUGUCGCCGCGCCAAGCGACCGCAUGCCGACAAGGAGAAAGGCCCGGGACCGGAAGGCGGCGCCAACGGCUACCUUCCAGCUAAAGUGCCCAUCACGAUCACGGCUAACCCUAUGCACGGAGAGGGCGGUGAUAGUGGCGUGGAAAUGUCCUUCCUUCAUAACAACAACUGUGGCAACACUGCUAGUAGUGAUGACACACUACCACACUCGAGAAAGAAUGGACCAGCCAGACAAUAUGUGUGAAAAAGCUCAAUGUGAACUCUAUUUCGCAGAUAAUAAAGUUCUGUUCAGUUUGAAUCUGCAACUUUGUGUUGCCCAUGUGAAUAAAUUUUCUACCGUUAUGGUAGUUUUAAAAGAUUGAAAAUGCAAUAAUUGUGAUAACUUUACCGGCCGAAGUGCGUGGACUUUUGAGAGUACAAAAGGAUAUAUUUAUUUAUAUUUAGACAUAUUUUGUUUGAAGUGCGAUGUGUGGGUUGGGUGAUUUAGCAUUUAUUUGCGUUUAUUAGACGUAUUUUUUAAAAUUUAAGAUCUUAUAGAUUAGGACUUGUGACUAAGGAAUAGGUUAAUAUAUUGAGUAAAACUGGACUUUUUAUUGUAUUUUAAACGCUUAUUUAAUGUAAAUAUUUGACUUAGUUCUAAGUUCCAUUUCCAGUUGAAUAAUGAGUGAAUUAAAAUAGGUAACUAAAUAAUUAGUGUAAGCUAAAAUAGAUACUUAUUCAUUAUAUUUAUCAAAAGAAGAAAAAGAUCUGUUUCUUAUACUCAAAUGUUGCCAUUUAUAAAAUAAUAUGGAAGAUAAAUAUUACUCUGACCUCUCUCUAUUGGGCAAUGUACUUAAUAAAUUUUGUUUUUGUUAAUAAAAAUUUAAUUUUUAAUGGAACACUUGUUUGUUUUGGUUUCAAGUUUUAUUUUCUCUUUUGUUUUAAUCGAGCGCCACGUCAGAGAGUGUGUAAUUUGACAGACUGAAUUUGUGUAAAGGUAGUAUAAAUAAAGUGCUAAAUUAAC